AUGAUCUUCCAUGCAGCAAGUAACUUUCUGCAGGAGAUGUAUGAUGAAGAUGUCACUAGACAAUUCCUGCAUAGGACAGGAAUAAGGUGUAUCUUCCAGACUCUCAGGUCUCCCUGGAAAGGGGGAUUCCUCGAGAGAUUGAUUGGGGUAGUCAAAAGAACGUUGGCUACCACACUAUGCCAUAACAUCUUCAGCGAAGAACAACUGCCAACCCUCAUAAAGGAGUCAGAGGCUGUUGUUAACAACCGUCCCUUAAUGUACACCAGGGACAAGUGUGAGGAUGAAGCCCUCACCCCAUCGCACCUCAUCCAUGGAGAUGUAGUCCGUCUGCUGCCGCCCAUGGUCCCUCACGAGGACAUGCAUCUGACGUUAACGACUCACCAACUAUGUCCACAGUACUUCCAACUAACCGAGACCCUCUACAACUUAAAAUGCUACUGGAGGGAAGGUUACCUGAAGUCACUACAGGAACGCCACAACCUACAAGAGGCCUCCCUGAUGGCACUGCGUAAAGGCGACAUUGUGUUGGUGAAAGCGGAGCAGCACAAACGUAGUCAAUGGCCCCUCGGUAAGAUCAUCGAACUCUACCCUGAUGACAAAGGCGUUGUCAGGUCACUGAAAGUACUAUUCGAAGGCGAGGAGUAUCUGCAAGCAGUACAACACAUCGUCCUGCUUGAGACUAAUGCCCAUGACGACGAGCGAGAAGAAGAGCCCCAGAAUGACGACAGUGAUGAGACAGCAGGUAGUGAAGAGAGACAUUAG